CAAGGGCGAGUUGCAAGUUGCAGUAGGUACGAUUCCCAGUGAGUUUUUGCAGGGACAGAGUUAGCCAUUAUUCAUUAAGACCAUAAUGAGCAUUAAUAUCGAUAUCAUAUUUGAUUACCUCGGAAGGUUGAAAUUAGUAACUGUGGUCGUAGGAUUCUUGGAUUUGCUCCUAAUUGGCUAUUCUUACUACAACACGGACGCCAGGGACCAGGCAUUCCUUUCUGCGGUUGUAGUCUGCUUCGUGUUCUCAUUUCUUCUGGUGUUGGGAGUUGUACUCGAAUAUGUCGUCGUGUCAGAUUUCUUCAUUAGAAUUGAAAUGGUGUUUCACAGUGCAGCCUGUCUACUCCUGUUAGGAACCGAUACAUUUUUUCUCAUUUCUAUUUUGAAACAUGGAAAAGGCGAAAAUUUCGGGAUAAGAAUUUUGGCAAUGGUAAGAUCCUCCUUUUUGCAAAUAUUUCUACUCAUGUUGCUUUAUAAAGUAGAGAACUUAAAACAUGCAGAUGUUUGGAUACCUUAAUUCGGCAGUGUAUGGAUACCUGCCAUGGACCUUGGUAAAAUCAACAUAGACACGGCGUUAUACUAUAAGAAAUCAUCGCUUUAAUUCUAUAAACUACAACAUUGUAAAUAAUAAUAGUAUUAAUGACGUGUAUGAUAAUAGCACCAAAUUUUAAUCUACAAAACAUGAUGUACUUUAGGCUGAAUUAAUCAGAAUUGAAAUUAAAUUAUUUUACAUCUACGAAUAAAGAGAAUUAAUUAUUAAUUAAAUUAAUUAGAGUAAA